AUGGCGUUCUCUUCCACUGCAACCGCAACCAUUCUGCCGCGUAGCCUCGCCUUCGCUUCUUCCACCAAACUCUUCGUCGGUCAAUCUCUUCUUCGUUCUUCUUCUCCGCGCUUCCUCUCGUUCCCCACUCCGAAAACAAACCCUCGCAAUCGCCUCAUCGUUUCUCUCCAAUCCCCACGCGCCCACUCCAGCGCGUCCCCAUCUACCUCCGCCACCUUCCACGGCCUCUGCUACGUCGUCGGCGACAAUAUCGACACCGACCAGAUCAUCCCCGCGGAAUACCUCACCCUUGUCCCUUCCAAGCCCGACGAGUACGAGAAACUCGGCUCCUACGCCCUCGUUGGCCUCCCUGCCUCCUAUGCCACGCGGUUCGUCGAGCCUGGCGAGAUCAAGACCAAGUACGCCAUCGUCAUUGGCGGCGCCAACUUCGGCUGCGGCUCCUCCCGCGAGCACGCGCCCGUCGCGCUGGGCGCUUCCGGCGUCUCCGCCGUGGUCGCGGAGUCGUACGCGCGGAUCUUCUUCCGGAACUCGGUGGCCACCGGUGAGGUGUACCCGCUGGAGUCUGAGAGCCGUCUCUGCGAUGAGUGCACCACCGGCGAUGUUGUCACGAUCGAGCUCGGAGGGAGCCGCUUGAUCAAUCACACCACCGGAAAGGAGUAUCGGUUGAAGCCGAUUGGCGAUGCAGGUCCGGUGAUUGAGGCUGGUGGCAUCUUUGCCUACGCGAGGAACACCGGCAUGAUUCCCUCUAAUUGA